AUAUCUGGUUGUGAGGUUUGUUAUCAAACGCCAACCAAUUUGUGCGAUGGUUUGAAAUUCUUAUCUUCAACAUCUCUCUCUCUCUAAGCAAAUGAGUUGCGCAACUGCUUUCCACCUGAGAUUGCUGGAAUGCUGUUGCGCAGCAACUAUUCCCAGAGCUUCCAUUUCAAAACCUCGGUGGCAAAUCCAUUUCCCUCAGCUGAAAUCCAGGAAUUCGCGUAUCAGAAUCGUGCCAUUAGUCGCUGGGACCUCCGAUUGGGAUGAAGGCCUAGCUGCUGCUACCGCCGUCGAAUCGGAAAAUGAGGAGGAGGCCAAGCUCUUCGUCGGAAAUCUUCCUUACGACAUUGACAGUGAGAAAUUGGCCCAGCUUUUUUAUCAAGCUGGAGUCGUCGAGAUUUCUGAGGUGAUUUACAAUAGGCAAACUGAUCAAAGCCGGGGAUUUGGAUUUGUGACGAUGAGCACGGUGGAACAAGCCGAGAAAGCUGUCGAGAUGUUCAAUGGCUAUGAUAUAAACGGGAGACUAUUGACCGUGAAUAAGGCGGCUCCUAGAGGUUCUCAGGCGGAAAGGGUUGUCAGAAGAUACGACGAGCCUUCCUUCCGGAUGUAUGUUGGUAACUUGCCAUGGCAGGUGGAUAAUGCUCGCCUUGUGCAGCUCUUCAGCGAGCAUGGCAAGGUCGUUGAUGCCAGAGUGGUAUUCGACAGGGAGACGGGAAGGUCCCGUGGAUUCGGGUUUGUGACGAUGUCGAGCGAGGAGGAACUGAAUGAUGCUAUAGCUGCUCUUGAUGGACAGAAUUUGGAUGGGCGUGCAAUUAGAGUUAAUGUUGCAGAGGAGAGACCGAGACGCACCUUCUAAUCCAAAUCCACUAUUUAUUUAUGUGUAUUUUUUGUAUUACUAACAUUGCCUUUCUACAUCUUCACCUCCAAUUUUUGUUUUCAACUCUCUUCAUAUACUUGUCUAGUUACUCAAUACGGAUUGUUUUAAUAGAUGUGAUGAAUUUUUUUACGCUACUA